CUCUGAGUUGCUUUUUUGCGAGCUUCAGCCGAACAGAAUAAGUAAAAUUUCUUACUUUGUUCAUCCUUGCGACCCAGACCGAGGGAACAGUCGUCCGUUUGGCUAGAACCUUAGCUGUUGCGGCUGAAUUGGGAGCUCUUGUGAAGUGCCACUGCCUCUUCUAACUGCAUAAGCCGUGCUUGGAGACUCGCGUCACGCCUCACAAUCACACCAUGUCCGCUAACGGCGUGUCUCCACGAAAAGCCGUCGUGGUUGGAGCAGGUCCCGUUGGGUGUCUCGCCGCUAUCUCUCUUGCGAAGAUGGGCUGGAUGGUCGAAGUUUAUGAGGGUCGGCCAGACAUGCGUCUGCCAUCCUCAAAGGCAGCAGCUCAGCAACGAUCUAUUAACCUGGCAAUCUCAACGCGGGGAAUUGCAGCAAUCGAAGCCAUCGAACCCAAGGCGGCUGAUCGCUUCCUCAAGGCUGUCAUUCCCAUGCGUGGCAGGAUGAUUCAUCACGUUGGCGGUAGGCAGGAAAGUCAGCCGUACGAUAAAGAUGGCCAGUGCAUAAAUUCUAUUGGCCGCGCCUUCAUGAACGAAGAUCUCCUGACGGACGCCCUGACUAUGCCGAAUACCCGCGCUUUCUUCAGGCACAAGGUUCUCAACAUAGACUUCGAUGCCCGAGUGAUGAGCGUUCGCGACGAGGAUGCAGGACAAGACAAGAGUGUGCCGUUCGACUUCUGCGUAGGCGCAGAUGGCUGCUACUCGAUUGUGCGCAGUCAGCUGAUGCGGGUCGUGCGCAUGGAUUAUCAGCAAGAAUACCUACCGCACGAUUACCUCGAGCUGAAAAUGCCCGCCGGUCCCCCCGCACAGCCUGGCGGUGAACCCACAUACCUGCUCGACCCGAAUCAUCUUCACAUCUGGCCGCGCCAUACAUUCAUGCUCAUCGCCCUGCCAAAUAAGGAUAAAACCUUCACGUGUACUCUGUUCGCACCAACCACGGACUUUGAUCGCCUCGACGCGCCGGAACGCAUCGUCAAUAUGUUCAAAACAUAUUUCCCAGACGCUCUGCCGUUGAUCGGCGAACAGGCGCUGCUGUAUGAUUUCGCACAUAAUCCGCGCUCGUCGCUUAUGACAGUGAAGGCAGAGCCAUAUCAUUACAAGGACCGUGCCAUUAUUCUGGGCGACGCGGCGCAUGCGAUGGUUCCGUUCUAUGGACAAGGUCUAAAUUGCGGGCUAGAAGACGUCCGUGUGUUAGAUAUUCUUUUGCGUGCUGAAGGCGUGGACGCCGCCACCCGCGUGCCUGAUGGAGAAGACGAUUGUCUCGCAAAAGCUUUAGCCCGAUAUUCCGAAAGCAGGCACGAAGACCUUGUCUCCAUUUGUGAACUCGCCAUGGAUAAUUACGUGGAAAUGCGCCAUGAUGUCGUGACGCUUGGUUACCUGCUCUGCAAGGCUUUCGAUAAUAUAUUGUAUUCACUCACCUCGAAGGCCAUCCUUUUCAGCUCUCUGCUUCCGGCGCUGACCCGCGAGCCGUUCCCCACCCGCUCACCCUCCGGCUGGCUACCACAAUAUACAAUGGUGUCAUUCCGUCCGGACAUCAGCUACUCUACCGUCAGACGCAAAGCCGUCAGGCAGAGACAGAUACUGGAGCGCGCAGGAUGGGCAAGUGUUGCUGUGGGAGUAGGUGCGGCCGGCGUCGCAGCAUUUUCAGUUUGGCGCCGGCUGUGCAAUCGGGCGUAGCUAGAUGUCGUAAAGGUAUGAGAAAUAUACACCACUCCUAUCACACACGUUGUGAGUCG